UUCGCGCACACAAGUUGUAGCUACAGUUCUUACGUGACAGUAUCGGUCAGCUAUUCUGAUUGUGUUAUGUUGUGGUUAAUGUUUACACCUAGGGCCAGCAGCAGGGCACAUUUUCCUCUUUCUAAACUUUGCAAUUUGCUACUUACCCGAAGUUCGAAGUCGAAAAUGGAAAUGUAUUUUACGCCACCAGGCAUCAAACUCCCAUUGGCUGGAGCCUGCAGAGAGGGAGGGGCUCUUGAUGAAGCUGAAGGCCACUGGUUGGGUGGAGGUGGAGGGGCGGGAUGCCCUCUAUAAGGAGCUGGACUUCAAAAGCUUCAACGAGGCAUUUGGCUUCAUGUCCCGAGUAGCUUUGCAAGCAGAGAAGAUGAACCACCACCCCGAGUGGUUUAAUGUUUAUAACAAGGUUCAAAUAACCUUGAUAACGCAUGACUGCGGAGGAUUGUCAAAAAAAGACAUCAGACUGGCCAAGUUCAUUGACCAAGUGGCCCUGACCAUGUAGAUUUAACUCAGUGGCUCAGGCUACGUGGCACUGUAUUUACAUUUGUAUGCUUUUGUUCCUUCCUCAGAUUUGCAGCUGGAUAUAUCAGAAAAUUAUAUAAUAAAAUAUAUUAAAAUGUUCAA